GGAGGUUUUGUGGUGAUAAGGUCCCGGAGCCACUCGUCUCCACGGACAGCCGGCUGUGGGUGGAGUUCCGCAGCAGCAGCAGCACCCUGGGCAAAGGCUUCUUUGCAGUAUAUGAAGCUACCUGUGGGGGAGACAUUACCAAAGACGCCGGUCAGAUUCAAUCUCCCAACUACCCCGAUGACUACAGACCUUCCAAGGAAUGUGUGUGGAGGAUCACGGUGUCAGAUGGGUUUCACGUGGGACUUACCUUCCAGGCCUUUGAGAUUGAAAGACAUGACAGCUGCGCCUAUGACUACCUGGAAAUCCGUGAUGGCCCCACAGAAGAGAGCGCCCUGAUUGGUCACUUCUGUGGCUAUGACAAGCCUGAUGAUGUGAAAUCAAGUUCCAGCAGACUGUGGAUGAAGUUUGUAUCUGAUGGCUCAAUCAACAAGGCGGGCUUUGCAGCCAACUUUUUCAAGGAAGUGGAUGAAUGCUCCUGGCCAGACCAUGGCGGGUGUGAGCAGCGCUGUGUGAACACACUUGGCAGCUAUUCUUGUGCCUGUGACCCAGGCUAUGAGCUGGCCGCUGACAAGAAGACGUGUGAAGUGGCUUGUGGCGGAUUCAUUACCAAGCUGAACGGAACCAUCACCAGCCCUGGGUGGCCCAAAGAGUAUCCCACAAACAAAAACUGUGUCUGGCAGGUGGUGGCCCCCACCCAGUAUCGCAUCUCCCUGCAGUUUGAAGUGUUUGAACUGGAAGGCAAUGAUGUCUGUAAGUAUGACUUCGUGGAGGUGCGCAGUGGCCUGUCCCCUGAUGCCAAGCUGCAUGGCAAGUUCUGUGGCUCUGAGACACCCGAGGUCAUCACCUCACAGAACAACAAUAUACGCGUGGAGUUCAAGUCUGACAACACGAUCUCCAAACGUGGUUUCAGGGCGCACUUCUUCUCAGACAAGGACGAGUGUGUCAAGGACAAUGGUGGCUGCCAGCACGAGUGCGUCAACACGUUCGGGAGCUACCUGUGCAGGUGCCGGAAUGGGUACCGGCUGCACGAGAACGGGCACGACUGCAAAGAGGCUGGCUGUGCACACAAGAUCAGCAGUGCGGAGGGGACGCUGGCAAGCCCCAACUGGCCUGACAAAUACCCCAGCCGGAGGGAGUGCACCUGGAAUAUCUCUUCCACAGCAGGCCACAGGGUGAAACUC